AACAUUCAUUUAUCGUUGUUUUGAUAUAAUAUAUUUAUAUUUGCCUCUGAACUAUAGGGUUCAAUGAUACUUGCAUUACAUUCAUAUUUAUAGCAUAUUAUUUAAGACAUUUUUUAAUAAUGAUAUUGUAAAAUUAGUUUAAAAAAUUAUCUUCUAAACUUAUAUAUUCAGAGUAGCCUUAAAUUCAUGAUACAAUUAAAGUCAGAAAGAUAUGGUUCAAAAUAAAAUGAAAAUAUACAACAACAAAAUUACAUUGGAGGUAUUGCUUUUAAAAAAUAUCUAUUUGAAAGUAAAUCUAGUAUCCAUGUGCCCAUGCAUAUUUCUUGAAAACAAUGCAAUUUUGUUAUUUUGGAUUUUUAUCUUAUUUUAAGCAUACUGUAUCUCUGAUUUCAUUUAUACCAUGAAUUUUGGUCCAUCCUGUAUAUGAGGAGAUAAAAAUCAUAUCAGUAUAAGUCAUUUAAUUCUUAUUGUACAAAAUCAGAGAAUUUGUAUGCUUGUUUAAUUCAUGUUUUUCUAGUUCUGUUAUUUGAUGGAAUAAAAGAUCUAUGAUUAAUGGAUCUAUUUUUUUUGUUCGCUGAAUAAUCAUAUGUAUAAAUUAUAUUUGUAUAUACAACACAGAAUGGCGAUGUUUCCUCCAGAUCCAAAAUAUCUUCUUCGUGGUGAUAUGGGUUGCAUUCACUGUACCCUUUUUCAAGUAACUUCCAACAUAGAAUGUCUAUAUUCAGGUACAGCUACAGGCAAUGUUCAUAUUUGGGAUUUAAAUACAAAUCGAGAGAUAUGUCGGAUUAAAUCAGAACAGGAUCCCUGUUUAUGUUUGCAAAGUUUAAGUAAUGAUAAUUUAUUUAUACAACACAAAAAUGGUUUAAUAAAAGAAUAUAGAAAGACAGAAAGUCAAUGGACCCAAAGCAAAUCAGUGGACAUAGACUUUUGUCAUUAUUGCAGGUUUCAAACAUUUUCUGAAAAUGAAAUACUUGUACCUCUCAAAGAAUCCAGUUUUGGAAUAUUAUCUUUAGAUACUUUUAAUGUAGAAUUGAAAUUUAGUUCAUCAAACUUUGAAAAGCUAGGAGAUGUAAUGGCAAUUAAACUUUUAAAAAACGGACAAUUGGUACUUGUUGGAUAUGAAGGAGGAAAGUUAAUACUGUGGGAUGUUCGGAACAAGAAUAUUUUAAGUUCUCUUACAGUAGAAACAUGUCCAAUGUCUUUAGAUUUUGAUACUGUUUUAAUGAAGGGUGUUAUUGGUGGACCUUCUGAUCAAAUUCAGAUAUUUAAUUUAUCAGUUGAUCACUCACUACGUGAUAAAGACAAAAUAACUUUAAAAAAUCCUGGCACUUCUGUGAUUACAAUAAGACACGAUGCUAAAAUUGUAGCAGUUGGAGGAUGGGAUAGUCGAGUUAGAAUAUUUUCUUGGAAAAGUUUAAAACCACUUGCUGUUUUAAACCAACAUAAGGAUACUAUACAUGAUAUUACUUUUUCUUUACAAAAAAUGAAAACAUAUGAUGAUAAAUAUAUAAUGGCUACAGCAGCAAAAGAUGGAUAUAUAGCAUUGUGGGAUAUCUAUAAUUAAAUUCUACUAAUAAACAAUGUAAUUUUAUGUGAAAUUAACAUCUAUAUCAUAAAUUUUGUUCUAAAUAAAAUAUAAUACAGUGUAAACAAAAUUUGAGGCAGUUUAAGAUCUUGCUGCUUUUCAAUUUAUUUAAAAAAUAUGAACUUUUGAAUUCUAAAAUGUUUGACUAUUUUUAUAAGAAUAUGCUGUAUUUAUAAAGUGUUAUCUUAUACUAUUAUUUUGGAGAAUUUUUGUUAUUCAGAUUGCUUUCACACUUAAAAUAU